GGUUACUAGCACUGGGACAGCUGAUCUCUGGCAGCGCUGACUCAUUCCAUUGCUGCAUCGCGGGGGCUGCUAAAAUAAAACUGUUGGAACCGGAAUUACACUAUACAUGACUGACCAUGGACACCAAGGACCCCAAUGGGAAAGAUGGCGGGGGGUUCAAGAAGAAGAACUUGACCUUUCUCAAGAGCAGGCUCUAUAUGUUAGAGAGGAGGAAAACCGAUACAAUUGUGGAACAUGCUGUGAAUGGGGACCAUGGGAACACAGGCACAUUGCGCAGGAGUCAAUCUGACAGGACGGAGUAUAACGAAAAGCUUAAAGAAAAGAUGGCACCUAAUGUUGCAGCAUCUGCUCCUACCUCCCCAAUGCAAGACCAAGAGGAGCUCCGCAGGAGGAAGAUGGACAAAAGGGCCAAAAUCAUUGCCGAGCUGUUACAGACAGAAAAAGAUUAUCUGACUGACCUGGAACUCUGCAUUAGAGAAGUUGUCAAGCCACUCAGACAACACCAUUCAGAACGCUUUGAUGUGGAUGCAUUAUUCAGUAACAUUGAGUCCGUCUGCCAGAUAUCAGCCAAAAUGGUGUCCCUGUUGGAGGAAGCCACAACAGAUGUGGAGCCGGAGCUGCAAGUGAUAGGUGAAUUAUUUGUGGAGAUUAAAUGUCCACUAGAAGAAGUGUACAAGAUCUACUGUUAUCACCAUGAUGAAGCCCACACUCUACUCGAGUCCUACGAGAAAGACCCAGAAAUGAAGGAGUAUUUAAGACAGUGUACACAAUCAUUAAAAAAAAUAUACGGAGAGCAAGGCAAACCAAAUCUGCUAGACAUGGGAUCUCUGAUGAUUAAGCCAAUCCAGAGAGUAAUGAAAUAUCCCCUGUUGCUUUGUGAACUGCUGAACUCCACUCCCUCAUGUCACCCGGACUACAAGACGCUACAGGAAGCCUUCGCAGCGAUCAAAGACAUUAACGGCAACAUCAACGAGCUGAAGAGGAGGAAGGAUUUAGUGUUGAAGUACAGGAGGGCUGAUGAAGAAGAAUCUCUGAAAGACAAAUUUUCCAGGCUCAGUAUUCACUCAAUUACAAAGAAGUCAAAGAGAGUGACCAGCCACCUGAAGAUACUGACUGGUAGAGAACAGGUGAAAGACCAGAUAUUUAACAAAGAAGAAAAAACAUUCAGAGGAUUGGAAAAGAUUGUCAGAUCCUGCGUGAAGAACAUUUCAUGUACACUUCAGCUUAUGCAGGAUGCUUUGCCUUUGGCUGGCCAAAAUGUUAUUGGGCUACAAGAUCUAUUGCAUGAUGAUACACAAGAAAGUCAUGAAGAUGUUAACCUGCAAAGCAGUGUGGGAACACAGUAUGAGCAACUGGCACACAAACUGGAGCGAUUAGUGUGUACACCACUAGGUGCUUUACAGUCCAUGUUCCCGAUUCCUCAGAAACUGAUCCAGAAACGCUACGAUAAACUCCUGGAUUACCACAGCUACCUCCAGAAAUCAGCCGACUCUCAGUUGGACCAGGCAAAGAAGGACUAUGAAGCUCUUAAUGCGCAGUUGGUAGAGGAACUGCAAGUGUUUAACAAGGCAGCAAGGAGCAUCUUGUUCAACUGCUUAUAUUUCUUCAUCACUCUUGUGAGAGAGGUUAUGGCUGUUGCAAUGGACUCAUGCUCAAAUGCUUCUCACAGCUUUCCACUUAUCUCUGCCAAUGUGAAUGAAGUUCAGCAGCGCAUCAUGGACGAGCUUCAGAAUCUAAACUUUAUGAAGGACAAUAACAAUGGCACAUUUAUUGAGAGAAAACUAAGCUUUGAGAGGAAGAAGACAUUAUCUCCCCUGCCUGAACUACCUCGCCAGACGGAGAGCCACAGGUGCGAGCUAUUGUCUACCUAUGGUGCGGAUAAAAUUUACCAAGCAAAGCGCAAGUGCAACGCUUCACAGGACCUUGAUAUAGAUCUGUAUGAGGGGGAGCUGGUGGCUAUUGUGGAACACAAGGACCCAUUAGGAAGCACUAGCAGGUGGUUUGUGGACACAGGAAUUCUACAAGGCUAUGUCUACUCAUCCUUCCUCAAACCCUACAACCCAGGACGGCAACAGAAAGACUCAUCAGACAGUGCUUUCUGUGAAGAAGAUUUUGAUGACCUAAGUCUGUUUGUCUCCUCUCGGCCUUCUCGUGACAGAAACAGUCGCGCAUCACAGGGAAGUUCUGUAGACAGCAGUCCAUCCUCCAAUGGAGAUGAUGAAAAACACGAAUCCGAUACAGAAAACUGCCAAACCAGCGAGGAUUGUCAUAUUUUCUAUGCUGUUUAUGCUUUUGAAGCUCGGAGUCAACAGGAAUUAACCCUUGAGGAGCAUGAAAGGGUCAGAAUCCUUCGGUUUUGUGACCUAAGUGGGAACAAGGAGUGGUGGCUUGGAGAGGCACAUGGCCAAAGAGGAUUUGUGCCAGCCAAUUACCUUGGGAAAAUGACCUAUGCUUAGAAACAUGUUCUUCUCUGCUAUAGGACAGUGACAUUUUACAUUUCCUCUUCAAUUGUGUCCUAUAUUAUCCAAUAUGAAGGAUCCUUUUCCUGUGUCUUAGGUUUGCUACGUACAACAUAAUGUGAUGUGACACAGUAACUGAAGUCAAUGAACAGACCUGCUGACAGGUUUAACUGAGUGUAAGCUCUAUAGAGCAAAGAUAUUUUUGCUUAAAGCAUUUAUAUCUUUAAUUGGUAUACGAUGUCCAUAAAUACAGUAUAAUAUGUUGUAUGACAUAAAAAUUAUCCAAAGUGUAUGAAGUAUGAUCCAUGUACAAUCCAGACACAGGCACUACCAACCUAAGGUUAAAUUCAGACUAUAGUCAAAAAUACUAAAUGCUGUCUAAAAGUUCAAAGCAGAAAGUUUAUUUUCAUAAUAUUUUCUAACAUAGGAAUAGUUAAGGGAUUGUCUGGUUUAAAAAUUUUUUUUUAACAAAGGAGCGGUGCUUUAAUCUAGAGUUUUAUCUACUAGUCACAUUAGAUGACAAAGAGUGUCUCUCAUUCUGAAGGCCCUAGCAUUACUGUGCAUUACAAGGACAGCAAAUUAAAUUUACAUUCACAUAUAUAUGUACCGUAGUUCGGCAUUAGGGUACUUUCACACUUGCGUUUUUCUUUUCCGGCAUUGAGUUC